UACGCCGAUUUCCAAAUCUCCGACGGUGUUGCUGGCAAUGCCUCCGCUGAGGCCAAUGCGGUCUUCGUUGAUCCCUUCAAUAACGUCGAUUUAGCCACCGUUGAUAGUCAAACUUUGGAUGAUAUGCAAACGAUGAGAGAAGCUGCUGAAUCUGCCGAAACCGAAGACUUCAAUCCUGCUAUUGAUGCAGCUAGUGGAGCUGCAGCUGAUGCUCUACAAGUCGGCAAGAUCAAGAACAAGGUUCUGAAGCUGACCGGUGAAGUUCAGGUUCUUAACAUCAAAAUCGCUCAAGCUCAAGCUGCGGGUGAUGAUACCUCGGAUUUAGAAGACUCGUUAGCUGAAGAACAGACGAAACUUAACACCAACAUUGCCACGGAUGUAAAGAACGCCGGGAAGACUUCACAAUCAGUGGUCUGA